AUGAGCGACUUCGACGACUGCGGCAGCCGCGGGGCCUCGGCCGGCAUGUAUCUGCCGGGCUGCGCCGCCGCCUACUACGUGUCGCCCUCGGACUUCGCCGGCAAGGCGCCCUUCCUGCCCCAGUCGCCCUCCUGCCAGGUGGCCUUCCCCUACGCCUCCAACCUGCCGCCCGUGCGCGACGUGGCCGCCUUCCGCGACUACGCGGGCGGCGGCGCUGGCGGCGCGGGCGGCGGGCCGGCCGGCAAGUGGCCGUACCGGGGCAGCUACGCGCCCUACUACGAGGAGGUCAUGCACGGCAGGGACUUCCUCCCGCCGCCCGCCCGCCGCGCCGACGUGCUCUUCAAGAGCGACCCGCUGUGCGGCGCCCCCCACCCCGGGGCCGCCGCCGCCUCCGGCUUCUACAGCGCCGUGGGCAGGAACGGCAUCCUCCCGCAGGGCUUCGACCAGUUCUACGAGACGACGGCUGGAGGGGCCCCCUACCCCGAGCAGGCCGGCCCGGAGGGCGGCAAGGGCGACCUCAAGCCCCUCGCCGGCACUUGUGGCAAAGCCUCGCCUCUGCCCGCCCAGGAGAAGAAGGCGGCCAGCCAGCCCGGCCCGGAGUCCCCCCCGGGGGAGGCCGGGGCAGAGAAGAGCAGCGCUUCAGCAAUUCCCCAGCGGUCCCGGAAAAAGAGAUGUCCUUACACCAAGUACCAAAUACGGGAACUAGAACGGGAGUUUUUCUUCAACGUGUACAUAAACAAAGAAAAAAGACUCCAGUUGUCCAGGAUGUUGAACCUCACAGAUCGGCAAGUUAAAAUAUGGUUCCAAAAUCGAAGGAUGAAAGAAAAGAAACUGAACAGAGACCGACUGCAGUAUUUCACUGGGAAUCCCUUGUUUUGA